CAGGAUAAUAUCUACGUUUCUGUUAGAUAUUCUUAAGGUGUAGGAAGUAGUCUUGGACUCUUGGUGUUGGUGGUGUUGAAAUGCCAUGCCAAAUUGUUUUACUUUCUGAAAAAUCAUUUUCUUCUGGUAUAGGACCUACUUUCAGAAAAAUCUGAGUCCAGUCACCACCUCAACAGUUUGGAUGUGGCCAUCCUAUCAGGGGAGGUUCCUUAUACAACUUCCCAACCACAUAGUCAAUCAUGAAGUCUGAAGGCUGCGACGCACUCGCUGCUCAGAGAAGUCCUAUGGUAUAGGAGCUGGCUACUGAGUGCUUGUUCUCAGCGCUCUCCAGUCUUCUUCACCAGCAAACUGAGAGAAGAUGAUGCUCUGCAAUGGUGUCAGUCAGGUGGCCAGCAUAGCGCAGCUUGCUGGGGUGGACGCGUAUGGACUCAUCACGAUGAUCGUUGAGGCUGCAAGGACAGUUAGAAGGAACCAGGAAACCUGCCAGCUGCUGGCGCGGCGUGUGAAGAUGAUUGGAGACCUUCUCCAGCAGCUCGAGAGCACGCAGCUGAUGCAGCAUACGGAGACGAGGAACCCCGUCGAGCAGCUGGAGGAGACGCUCCAACGUACGUACGUGGUCAUCACAUCCUGUCAAGGCAGCAGCUACCUACGCAGCUGCUUUAUUGGAGGGAAGCAAGCUGACCAGCUCCAUCAGGUGCAGAAUGAGAUCGCCUUCUACCUCCAGCUCUUCCCUCUUGUUGGCUUCGUCGAUACCAGUCGGACCUGGUCACGGCUUCUACACAGAGCUCAUCCUCUUGGUACAGAGGGUACUAUGGAUGAGUUACAUGCAGUCCAUCCUUCAGAACAUCAUAACAAUAGAACAGAGGCCUUCAAGGCAAUUCAUUUAGAAGAUCCGGGAACUCCUCCCUGUGCAAAAUCUGACGAAGAACAAAAAACAAGCCAAGCCAUGAAUAUGGAGGAAAUAGUCAAUCUCAUAGGUGUUGCAAAAGGUGCAGAGCUACCCUAUUUUAGUUUCUCUCAGAUAUUGGCUGCUACAGACAAUUUAUCAUUGCGGAACUUGCUUGGAAAUGGUGUAUUCGGCUGUACCUACAAGGGCAAACUACCUGAUGGUCUCGAUAUUGCUGUCAAAAGACUCAGCACAUCUUCACAUCAAGGCCUAUCAGAGUUCCGAGCUGAGAUUGAAGUCAUUCCGAAUCUUCGACAUAAAAAUAUAAUUUCGCUACUUGGGUUUUGUGUUCAAGGAAAAGAAAAGAUACUUGUCUAUGAAUAUAUGUCGAACAAUAGCUUGGCAGCCGUCAUUUCUGAUGAGUCAAAAAGGAAAUUGCUUAAUUGGUCAAAGCGUCUUCAAAUAAUCAAAGGGAUAGCAGAUGGCCUUGUUUAUCUGCAUCUGCAUUCUCAGAUGGGCAUUGUCCACAGGGAUUUGAAACCAAGUAAUGUCCUGUUGGAUACUGAAUUGAAUGUUAAAAUUUCUGAUUUUGGUCUGGCUAAAAAGCUAGCUCCAGAUGCAAUUGCGGAAGAUAUUGUAUGCGGCACAUAUGGCUAUGCAGAUCCUGAAUAUGCUACUACCGGAAUGUUAUCGCAGAAGGCAGAUGUAUACAGCUUUGGCAUCGUAGUUCUUGAGAUAAUAUGUGGAAACAACCCUUGGUUUUAUAUGGUGAAGGCGAAGAAGGGCUCAUCUCCAGGAUCACUUCCUGAUCAUGCACGCAAGUAUCGGAAGAGGCCCCGCAAGCUUGUUGACCCACUGCUACGCGCUAGCAAGAGCGAGAGAGCCCAGAUUGCGGAAUGCGUUAAGGUGGCUCUGCUGUGCGUCCACUGUCGUCCUGAAUGUAGGCCCGGCAUGUCGGAAGUUGUGGUGAUGCUCUGCAGCGUCGGGAGUGGGAGAUCGUCACCAGCUUACUGCUGUCACUGAGUAAUCAUCAGGGGUUGUAGUUGACCGAGGACGGCCAAAGAUUAUGACCGUCACAUUCACAUACAUGUUUUACAAUGGGCAUGGCAUUGACAAAAGAAGUGGGAUUCUGCAUUCUGGUCUGGCUCUUGGUCGCCCAAGUUCAGUUGAAGGUGAAUACAUACCCUGAACCGGGCGCGUGCUCCAGGCUUGGGAGCCAAUUUACGCGUUUGGAAUACUUAUCAGAAAAAAAUGUCAUGGUGCUUCAUGAUCACAAAUACUUAUUUAGUAAAAAAAAUGCAAGUGCCAAAUACUUUUGAUUUGUAA